CAGCAUAAUCUGAGCAACAUCAAUAAAAGCCUCAUAACCAAUCGAAUGAAGCACGCGACAUUUAUAUCGUCCUUGAGGGGCGUGAAACUCGCAAUUGAUCUUCGAUAAAGUUGCGCAAAGAUAUGAGAUUGUUUCCGAUAUCAUUUCUAGCUGCCGGAAGUGCUAGUCUUUGAAAUCAUUCGAAGAUAUAAUGUAGGUCGUGUUACAGCAAGAUCAAAUCCUUUUGGUUCUUCUCUCCUUCGUUCAUUAUUCUCCAAUUCUCUUGAAUUCUCCAAAGUUGAAUGAGAUUAUCUUAUGUUUCCUAACAUUUGACCACCCUCAAGCUCUUUACAAAGCGCCUCUUUCUCAAAAGUUGACAUUUUGCCAUAUUUCAGUCAUUUCUUAUCCAUAUCUUGAAAUUAUUUACCUCAAUUUGAGUCAAGAGGGUCAAUUUUGUCGUAAUACGCGGUAGGACCUUCUAUAUUGAGCACAAGACCAAGUCAAGUUACCUAAAUACCUCAUUUUAUAAUGCCUCGCCCAACUCAUCCUCCCACCCCAGCUUCAUCAACAGAAAUCAAGGGAAAAGAUGGUUCGAAUUAUUCUUCGCUACAGAUGUCAUUUGAACUUCCUCCUCCUGCUGUAGCAGGAGUGGAAAUUCGACCAACCAGUUCCUCUACCCAAGCAUCAUCUGCCUCCUCAUAUCAACCCGCUUCCCCAAUCUCUCCAGCCAUUCCCGCAAGUGAAGCUGUCAAGCUUCGUCGAAGAACGGUUGCACAAACCACUGCGAAAGAUUCCUUCGCACUACCGCCUCCGCCUACACGAUCCCGAAAGAUUAUACAAAUGAAACCUCGAGGGCAAAGUGAUGAGAUAAUGAAUACACCCGCAGAGAAUACGAAGUCCGGUGGGAAACCUACCUCAAAUACGCCCAAGAAGAAGCAACCCUCCUCAACGAGUGUGGCUGGACGAAAGAUUGCGAGGAAAACUGCACAUAGCUUGAUUGAGCGGAGGAGGAGGUCUAAAAUGAAUGAGGAAUUUGGUGUAUUGAAAGACAUGAUACCAGCUUGCACAGGAGAAAUGCACAAGUUAGCAAUUCUACAAGCGUCUAUCGAUUAUGUGAGAUAUCUCGAAGAUUGUGUUUCCAAGCUGAAGGCCGAGAAUGCUCGGGGCAACUUCUCUGCAAGCACUGGAGAAUUUACGUUGCCGCCAUCAGCACAUCGUGGGAGCUAUGAUCCAUCGCGACAUGAAUAUUCCACACGUGAAUCAGAAGAAGAUAUUGAAAUGGCUGGUUCCGAAAAUCCAUCUACCAAUUACACCACACCUACACCCCCAUCCCAACAAACAUCGCCCGCCAUGCUCCCACAAGAUUCUCGUCAAAGACAGGAUUCAUAUUCCUCGUACUCAACGGAUUCUCGUCAUUAUAGUCUCAGUACCUCAUCAACCACAUCUCCCGCUUUAGGCGCUUCAGUCUAUGAUUAUGCUCGAAGUAUUGCGUCGGUAGGAUCUGCACUCACGAGUCCUGCUCUCAUACCGCAAAGAGAUCAAAGGGAUAUAGAUGAGGAAGCAAGUGCGGCGUUAUUGAUGCUUAAUUCAGAUCGUAGAGGUACGAGCUUUAGUGGGGUUCGAGGAAUGAGUGUUAAGGAUCUACUGAGCUCUUGAGCAACACGGGAUGGGGUGGGAAAAUCAUAUCCAGCUUUUCUUUAUCACAGGGGAGUUUUGGAAAUGGAAGACAUUAGGUUGAUAUUCUUCAAGGCGAUUGGUUGGCUGUUCGAAAAUUAUAAUUUUUGGUUGGAGCUUCUUUUGAAAAAGAAUUAGGAAUCAUUAGCAUGUUUGCAGAUUGCUAUGGAAUUGAGAUUCCUGUCAACUUUGGAUAUAGUCAACGAAGGGAUGACACAAUAAUAAAGCUUUGAAGCUGAUCGGCUAUGGAUUGUAAACGAUGUGAUCGCAAGAUACUUUUGAAAAGAAAUGGUUUGUUUCCCCAGUGGCUUUUCACUUGAGGAUGAGAGGUUGAUCAGGAGAAUGCAAGUGUUGAAUCUCUGAUCACAAUGUGGAUAUUCAGUCAUGUUUAUCUGAACUAUUGCGAAUAAUUAAAUGAGAAGUUUGUCCCAAAAGUUUUCGUCUAAAGUCCUAAGGUUAC